AUGUCGGAGAAGAUAAGAGCUCCUCCCUACUCUAGUUAUUGGGAAGGGAAGCUGACUUCUUCCCCUCCUCCAUAUCUUUGUGAUGCUGAGGGUCGAAAAUUCCAAACCGGGUACGGACUGAUCAAAGUGUGCGCUCAUGGAUCAACCCUUACUAAGGAGCCGAUGACCUCUCCACUCCACUUCUCGGGAUUGCUCUUGAGCGACGUUUUAUGGAUCAAUCCGCUGCUCAAGAGAUGCAACUUUGAUAAUCUACAAAAAGACAAACCCAUGGCCACUUAUCUUCGAAGGCUGUCUGUAAUGCUUUGGCAGCCCUCCUGUGUUGAACAAGGACAUAGUCGUUCAUGCUCUAGCCGGUCUUACUUCUGA